UUUAGUCAAGCAGACGAACCGUUACCUAGACGAAUGCAGCGCUGGUCACGCGCAGUGUGCUGCACGCGCAAUGCGCGAGAUAACACCAACAGAGAAGGACUGUGUACCGUUACAUAUCGAAAGUUGUGAAAAUAUUUACGCCAGUUUACACUGAUUUAUUUAUUGCAUUCGUACACACAAGGUAUUUUUUGGACGAAACGGCGACAGUUUUGAGCGAUCACGAAAUGGAUGAUACAUCGACGAAGCAGAAUGCUGGCCUAUUAUAUGGAAUUGUGAAAAGCACUUAGCUCUCGUCACAUUUUAUUUUUUUUAUUUUUUUUAUUUGACUGUCCUUGACCUUUAGUUUCCAAAACUGGAUACCGCUACUGGCACUGUGGUCAAGACAGGGUACUAUCUUCCCUUAAGUGUGUCAACCAAGCUUAGAAAAGGGAUUGAGGAUCCCUUACGACGUUUGUCUUCAGAACUGAGCCCAGCGAGAAUAGUCAUUCCGGAGGAGAUUCAGUUUGGCGACGAGCGCAUCUAUGUUUUCUGUGCUAUGAUGGCGAGUGUAGCCUAUAACUUCAUGUCUGUGGAUCCUAAUGCGCACGCGCGGCGCUACCACGAUGAACCGACCAAUCAGCCGCAGCAGCAGCGGGUCACGGUCGAGGUCAGGAGCGAGACAGGCGGUGUCGGGUCGUCGCGCGCUAAAAAGCGGAACCGGAAGAAGUCGUCCAGUACGGUCUCCAACCAGAAGCAAAAGGUGAAAGUGCACGUGUGUGUCCAGUUUUUCAAGGUGGGCGAAAUCGACACGCUGAAAGAACAAUACACUGCUGACGUCAUCGUGCGGGCAAGAUGGCGGGAACCAACACUGGACGGCCAGCUCCAGCUCGUGAGUGUUGGCGAGAUCUCCGAUUUCCAGAAAUACUGGAACCCCAAGCUAUACAUAGAGAACACGUACGGGGAUCCUAAAGAGAUCUUGCGUCAUCGCGUCAACUUCAACAGCCGCGGCGAGGCCUUCAUCUCCGAGAAGAGAAUCAUUAAAGGCACUUUCAUGGAAAACCUCGAGCUCAACGAUUUCCCAUUCGAUGUUCAGGAUCUAACAAUAACCGUUGCCUCGGAGUUUCCCUCGUACGAAGUGGAGAUAUGCGAGGACCCAGAGAACCGAAACAUGGUGAACCGACAGAGUUUUGUGGACGAGCAGGAGUGGCACCUGUACAUACACACGGAGUGUGAACAGAAGGAAAUUAUUAUCGAUCAGGCGGACAAUAGUGUCAAACGUUCGGCAAUUUCCGUCAAAUGUCGGGCGGCACGUAGGCCGGGAUAUUUCGUGUGGAAUAUAUUCAUGGUUACGUUUUUGAUAUGCAGCCUGUCGUUUGCUACGUUCUCCGUGAGGCUGGAAUUGCCGGAGAACCGUCUGCAGUUGACCCUACUGCUAGUUCUUACCAUUGUGACCUUCAAGUCGGUGGUCAAUCAGAGUCUGCCGAGAAUCUCCUACCUAACGUUCAUGGACAAAUAUCUGUUGGCGUCCAUGGUGAUGCUGUCCGGCGUAUGCGCGUGGCACGGCAUCGUGACGACGUUGCUCAGUGACCCCGCCCUCGCCAACAGGGUCGACUCCAUCGUGCUCAUCGUCCUCGCCGUCAUUUACAUCCUCUACAACGCCGGCUUCCUAUUGGCUAUUUAUAUGUUUCCCUGUAAAAAGAGAAGAUUAAUGUCACAAAAAGAUAAAGAGUAUAAGGCGAAUGUCAUUAAGCAACAGAGGCACUCCACAAACAUGAUCAGUGAAGCGUGUUACGUGGGCCAUCGUCAGCCCAGACGUGUCGGAAAGUCUGAAUAGAUCGAUAAAAGCCAAAUGCUAGCAUCCUAACAUUGCCAUCCCAAGAACAAUUACCACAUCAUGAUGUUAACCCUUUCCGUGCUGGCGACACCCGCACAGUGUUGUGUGAUACUUCAGCGCAACACUCCCCAGAAGCCAGAGUCUCACUUGGGGCGUCAAACUCCUCGCAUCGCCACAGCCAGGGGCCACAACUCUGUCAGGAACAGCAAGCUUUCCCGCCCAAGGAACAGCCAGUAUGCUGACGUCGAAAGGUUGAAGGUCGAAGGUCAAUAUCUGAGGCAGAAAUCGCCGUGUAGACUUGGCAGUCCAAACAGGAGAAUUCUGUCCAAGCAUCUGGUGAUGUUGUUUGUAAACUGAACACUCUCUUAUGAUGUUUAUUAUAGCCUAAAUUAUAAUGUAUGCCGAACUUUCAAAUUUAUAAGCAUAGUCAUAGUUUGCAUUAUUAUUUGAUUUUUUCUUUUAGUAAAUUUUAUUUCAAUCUUGCUGCCAAAUAGUAAUUUACCUUUUUUGGAUUAAAACACAAAUAUUGCAUCAUCUAUUAUAUAUGUAUUUACAAUUUAAAGGCACACUGUCACGGAUUUAAGGAACUUAUUUCUCUAAAAAUGGAUACUAAAUAAAAAUUACA